AUGUGUCUUAUACUGAAUGCUAUUAUCCUCAUUUUCAUAUCAUCGGUCUCAGCUAGUGUACCACGAACAGAUGUAACAGUUUCAGGUAUCUCUUCAGGAGGUGCAAUGGCUACACAGCUACGUAUUGGAUUUUCAAAAGAUAUCAGUGGUUGUGGUAUACUAGCAGGUCCACCUUAUUAUUGUAGUGCCAGUGGAUUAACAACUGCUGUUCGUAUGACUGGUCCUCCAUCAUUCAUUUUUGUUUCGAAUCUAGAAUCGAAAGUAAAAUAUUAUGCAUCAAAUGAGUAUAUUGAUGAUCGUUCAAAUAUUGCUGGUGAUCCUGUUUACAUUUUCUCGGGUAAAUAUGAUAAGAUAGCUUAUCCUGCUGUUGUCAAAUUAGAUGCAGACCUUUAUACACGAUUGAAUGCAACGGUUAAAACAAAUUUCGAUACGUCAGCUCAUCAUGGUUUCCCAACUGGAAAUUUCGGCGCUACAUGUAUUUCAUUGAAUCUGGCAAAUUAUAUUAACAAUUGA